UUUUAAUCUUGCCAAAGAUACCUACGUGUCUUAGUAUAAUAUAAAGUGGAUAGUUAGUUAAAAUGUUUUUACGGAUAACGGGAAUAAAACUUCAAGUGGCCAUUUCGAUUUGUCUCUACCUGGGGCCAAUAAUAAGUGGUUACGGAGGAAGCUGGUCAGGCCCUGUUAUACCAAAAUUACGCGACCUUGAGCAAUCCCCAUUCCAGUAUUUGCUGACGGAGACGCAACUAGCCCUGGUCGGAAGCUUUGCUUAUUUAGGGGCAAUACCCGGACCUUAUAUAACCACUUGGUUAUCGAAUUCAAAAGGACGAAAGCCUUGCCUGAUCGCCGGUGCAGUUGUAUCGGUGUUGGGCUAUCUAUUUUUGGCAUUAUCAACAAAUCUAGCGAUGCUGUACAUUGGUAGAUUUCUGACAAGUGUCUCGUUUGGGACCAACUCUAUCGUUAAUUUUGUGUAUAUCGGCGAAAUUGCAUCGCCAAAAAUUAGAGGAGUAUUGCUCUCAAUUAUUGGAGCAAUGUUUACGGUGGGUUCGAUACUAGUAUUCUCUACAGGACCGUAUGUUUCAUAUUAUGGGACGAGUUACAUUGGUCUGGCUUUGUGUUUACUUCACGUGAUUUGUUUAUUAUGGAUACCAGAGUCUCCGAUUUUCUAUGCGAUACAGGGUAAUGAAAAAGAAUUGACAAAAGUACUAGAGGACUUAGGCAGAUCACAAGAUGCAGAGAGAUUACUGAACAUGGGAAAAGAAAUUACAAAUACGAAUACUAAGACAGAGUGGAAGGAGUUAUUUUACGUGAAAAGUAACAGAAAAGCAUUGUUUAUAGCCGUUAUAAUAAACGUUCUACAGCACGGCAGUGGUGUAAUGGCUGUUAUUUUCUUCUCCGCUGCCAUAUUUGAUAUGGCUGGAUCAUCUUUAAAGUCGCAUUUAGCUAUGAUCCUAAUUGGAUGCUGUCAAUUAUUGGGUAGUACCAUAACACCGUUCUUCAUUGAGAGUACUGGAAGGAAGAGAAUAUUAAUAACGUCAAGCGCAAUAUGUUCAUUGAGUAUGUUCAUACUUGGCUUAUACUUUUACUUAGACCUUAUAGGUAACCCUGUUGUGGAUAAUAUAAAAUGGUUACCGUUGGUGGUGCUUAUCUUGUUCUACAUUGGUUACGAUUUUGGUCUUGGCAUUAUUCCAAAUGCAAUAAUGGGUGAGAUGUUCACACCCAGCGUGAGAAGCAAGGGUUCGACUGUAACUAUGACGUCAUCAUGGCUGUUCGGGUUUCUAAUCUCAACAGCUUUUGGCGCAUUGCUGGAAGUAGUUGGGGGACAUGUAGCGUUUUGGUUCUUUUCAUUUACAUGCGCCUGCGCAGCCAUAUUUACUGUAUUCUUCGUACCGGAGACAAAGGGAAAAACUCUGUUGGAGAUUCAGGAGGGUUUAUAACAAAGCAUUUUUAUAUAGAAUUUUGUACAUAAUAUUUUUUUCGAA